CUUGAACGCAGCAUUGCUUUUCAACGCUUCCCAUGAUGCAACGCAACAAGGACCCGGCGCGGACAUUCAAAAGUAUGGCUGAAGUUUCUAACGUAGUAAAUCUAACAAUAAACUCAGGAAAUUCGGUAGACACCUCCACUGGGGAUAGCGGAGAGAGCUGGGUGAGGAUGCGCCUGUCGUUUUCCGACGAAAGCGACCCUAACACUCUGAACCAAGCGAAUACGGUGUGUCAAAACCCGACAUUACGAAGUGCUUCCGACUCAAAAAACGCUACGGUCGAACCGUUUGCGGAAAUCGCCGAAGGACUCUCGACGUCGACUAUAAACACACGUUCAACAGCGAAAAAUGCAAUCGAGCUGGUGGAAGACGUUUCCAACCAACAAAACAGAAACAAAGAGAACUGUGUGCACAACACAGAGGAUAAGAAAAACAGCGCAAUGGCCAUCACAGCCAACCCUUCAGAUGGUCCUCAAGAAGACUCCAACAUGACUGACCAUGAACAACACAGUCACGCAGAGGUCUGUGAUGCUGAGGUGGCCAGGAGAGCACAGGAGGAAGGCUGUGUCAGCGUGGUCUUCCCUGGCACUGUAACUCAGGAAGGCUGCUGCCGCUUCGUCAGUGAGAUCCUCAAGUGCAUUCUUUAUCAGAGGCAGCAGCUACCUAUGACUUAUGACCAACUGGUGUACUCCCAGAAGAAACAGCAAGCCUCAAUGCAGGAUAAAGACAUAGUGAGUCGGAGACCGGUGCAGGCUGCGCAUAUGGACUGGCGCAAGCGUCAGCAGACCCUGCAGGACUUAGAGGAGGUGUUGCAGCAGUUGGAGGUCCUGUUUUCUCUCAGCAGAGUCCCCCGGGUGUUGCUGCUACUGGGUGGCUCCCUUGUCUUGCCCAAGGAGAUGUAUGAAAUCAACAUGGAGGCACUGGUGUUGUCUGGUGGAGCGCAAUGUCUCCGGGUGUCAUCGUGCUUAAGGCAGCUUUUCCGCACACUUUUUGUGGCUGAUCUGUUGUCUGACACCAGACCUGUUCAUUUAAUGUCCACUGCCGUUCUAGUGCUGGCCCACAGGAAUUGUGGAGUGGGUUGGUUCCGCCCUAAACUUCAAUAUAAAGUGCCAACUCGUGUAAAGAACCAAAUUAUUGCUCUGUCCACUGAUCCCAACACAUGUAAUGAACAAAGGGCAGAUGGGUCCGACUGGCAGGAUUAUGUGUGGUUUCAGGCACCUUUGUCUAUCAAGGGCUUCAGCAACUAACCCAGAAAGUUGCCUGAGAUUAGAUUUUUUUUUUUCCUGAAAAUAAUUAAAUUUUAAUAGUUUUACAACUACAUUUUCAACUGACCUGUAUAUAUUUUAUUUUAUAUUUUUUUUACUUUGUUUUCUACUUAUGACUAUAAAUUAAAACAGCAGAGUUAAUUCAUACAGACUAUUAAUAUUCACUUUUUUAUAUGAAACUAUGCGUGAAGGUAUUUAAAACUAUUUUACAUUUUGCAUCAAAAGAUUUUUGCAACACCUACUUAAAAACACAAUAUUGGUGCAAUAUACUUUUAAUGAACAUAACUUGAAAGGUUUUCUGAAUCGUACUGCUGUCUUUAAUCUGCGGAGACCAUCAAGUGCCAGUAUCAUGUGUAUAAGUUUACAUUAUUAAAACUUGAAUGCGAUUUCAACAA